AUGCCUUCGUUACUUUCCGUCCUCAAACAUAACGCCUCAUUGUCAGCAAGGGAAGCAGGGUUCGUAGCCGUGUUUGCCGGAGCCACCAGUGGCAUUGGCCUCGCUACCCUCAAAGUUCUCACCGUCAGUCUUGUGUCACCGCGCUUCUACGUAAUCGGUCGAUCGAAAGCCAGUUUUGCCCUUCACAUCGCCGCCUUGCGACGGAGUAACCCCUCAGUCAGCAUCCAUUUCAUUGAGACCGAGAUAGCGCUCCUCCGGAAUGUCAUUGCCGUCUGUGAGAACAUCAUACGACGUGAGCCCCAUGUAGACUUGCUUUACAUGAGUCCAGGAUCGUUGGCCUUUGGGGGACCACAUUUGGCUUCGUACUGCAACAUCGUCCCGGGCUGUUCGUAA